AUGAAGCUGUUCAUCCUCUGCGCCGCGCUUGCCCUGGCAGCCGCCCAGCCAGCGAAGAACGAUCUCUGGAAGGGCAGCAGCAUGGACCAGAUGGUAGACCAGACGAAAAUCGAGUGCUCCCAGAAGAACGACGAGGUCUCCUGCAUGAAGUUCAAGGUGCUGAACCUUCUCGACCAGAUCUUCCGCAAGGACAGCUUCAAGGUUUCCGAGACGGUGGAAGUGACUCGUAACUCGUACCCAGUCGAGGAAGUGUCCGGACGCAGCGAGGCGUCGUUCAUAGACAACGUCCAGAGCUACUUGUCCUCUCACGACGUGACCUUCAAGCUGCCGAUGGACUCCUCGGUCAAGGUCAGCGCCAGGAACAUCGACGAUGAUCACCUGAGCUUCGACGUCAAGUUCGGCCAAGGUCGCGCCGUCGAGGAGGCCCGCAAGUCCAAGCUGAAGAAGGUCGUGAUCCCGAUCCUGGUGUUCGUGCUCCUGAAGGCCAUGACCCUGAUCCCUCUCGCCAUCGGUGUUCUCGGUCUGAAGGCCUGGAACGCGCUCCAGCUCUCGUUCUUCAGCUUCAUCGUGUCCGUCGGCAUGGCGAUCUUCCAGCUGUGCAAGAAAAUCGCCGCCGACGGCCAUGGCGCUGCGCUCUCCGCUCACGGACCGUGGGAGUACCAGGCUCAGUACAGGUCCUUCCAGGACGAGCAGCCGGCGUCGCAGUACGCUCAGGAUCUCGCGUAUGCCGCUCACGCGCAGUCGUAA